AUCAUACUCUUUUUUCUUUCUUUUAUUUAUUUUUUCUCGACUCCUCAGGCUCUCAUGCUCGAUUCUAUUUCUAUUUCCCUAUCACUCCCCCCCAUUCCUCCCCGACUCGCGCCUCGCUCGUCACCCCACCCCUCAGCUCUCCCUCUUCUAAUUACUCCUCUCCAAUCCGGUCACAGACAAAUUGUCCGGCGACGUUCUCGGACCAACAUGUCCUCCGAACACCGCCGGCUUAGUUCUCCGGAGAACUACAGUGAACUCAAUGACGAGUCCGAUUUCGAAACCAUCGUCUCCCCUGAUGGCUUCAUCUCCAUCUGUGGCUUCGGUUCCCUUCUCUCCGAGAGGAGUGCAAGGAGUACAUUCCCGGAUCUGAUCAAAUUCAGAGUCGCUAGAUUGACCGGUUUUCGGCGCGUAUUCGCUCACGCGGCUCCGAUUUUCUUCGAGCGUGGCAUUGCCAAGCCAGAAACCAAGGAGAUUUCUAGCUUGAGUGUCGAGCCUUGUGAGGACGAAACACUAAUAGUUACAGUUUUCGAAAUACAAAAAUCAGAGAUUCCGGCUUUUAUCGAGAGGGAGCUCGAAUUUCGGUUUCUAGCUGUUCAGCCAACAACACUUGAUGGGAAGCCACUUGAUAAUCUAGCGGUGCUUUGUGCUCGGUCUAGUGAUGAGGAAUUUUUUCAAGUUCGAUGCAAAGGAAGCAAGGAGAUCUAUUUUCAGCACUAUGGACGUUAUAACAUCGAUAAGAUUUGGCGAAAUGAUAUUUUACCUUGCCGUGUUUAUCUUAGACACUGUGUAUUGGCAGCAAAGAACCUCAGCAAUGUCGCCUACGACAACUUUCUGGAUCACACUUUCCUUGCAGAUCGUAAAACAACCAUCCGUGAGUACUUUGCAACAGCGGGUUCCGGCAUUAUGGAAGAGGAGCCCCCAGAAUCCCUCAAAACCCGCUAUGAUGGUUGACAUUGAAGAUUAUAUCCCUGCUAAGAAAAUUUGUAAACAAUUUUUUCUAUGAAAUAAAGAGAAAAAUUAGAAGUUCUUAGAAGAAUAUCUGAUGUACUUGCACAACACCCCGUUGAACCUCAUUUAUCUGCAUGCCAAUUUCAGGGAGAAAACUUACGAAGUCUUGUAAUCGGAGCAGUAAUUGUUCUCCUUUUCAGAUUCAUUUGAAAUUUUUCUCAUACUCAUAAACAUGUGGUAUCAUCUAUGUUAAGAUAUUACGCUGUUAUUAUCAUGUCCA